CGCAUGCACACAGUCGAAGAAUCCUGCGAGGAUGUUACAUUCUUAACUAGGAUAAGGAAAAUAUUUAAAUGCCGUUUUACAGAAUGACUUCUUGUCAAACUGGAGUUCGUUUUAAGCGGCUUGCGUCGACUUUGCAUUAAAACGAUAUAAUGCAUAGUUCGAUUUGCAUUUUCAUCUGAGAAAAAAAUCUGGCACUACUAUUAUUGUUAUAUUGCACGGAUACUUUUGCUCAAGUUAAAAUGGAUUCGCUCAAGGAAUUACCUAUGCCUUCAAAGGUUUAAAUGCAAACAAGUACGCACGAAGGGUCUCUUACUGGUAUGAGAUGUUGCUAGCCUCGGCCGUGGUAGUAUGGGAAUGGCUGAACGAGCACGGGCGCUGGCGACCCUACAGCCCGGCGGUCUCUCAUCACAUCGAGGCGGUGAUCCGCAGCGACCCUCGCGGCGCUGGGAGCGUCGUACUGGGCCAGGUCGACUCGCGUCUCUCGCCGUACAUCAUUGACCUGCAGUCUAUGCACCAAUUUCGUCAAGAUACCGGUACUCUUAGACCCGUGCGUCGAAGCUUCUAUGACCCACGAUCGGCACCAGGGCAGGGUUGGGUUUGGGAAUGGGAAAAUGACUCGGGCUCAUGGACGCCAUAUGACACCGAGGUUAGCAUUGCCAUCCAGGCAGCCCGGGACCGGCAACAGCCCUGGCUGGACUUAACACCAUUGGGCUUCUGCUACCUCAUAGACCUGCAGAGUAUGACACAGAUCAAUGGACAGACGCAGCGGCGCCGAAGAAUCCAAAGGCGCUCAGACCUGGCUUAUCCACUUGUGUCUGGCCCUUUGCCUAAACCCCAUGCUUGGUCAUCUGCUGGAAGUGGUGGACUCCUGGGGGUGGGGGUUUCAGGUGUGAGCGGAGGAAAUGGCAGUGCCUAUCCUAGUGGAGCUCUUCCGGCUUCUGCCAUUACUUCAUUGGGUCAACCAUGUUCCUGCCAACAAUGUAUGCUAGUAUUGGGUGUCAAGACCCCUAGCAUGGCACAAACUCUGGGGCGUAAACCGCCGCCGACACCUAAGCCACCAAGCCCUAAAGCACCGCCAAGGGGACAUUCGUACUCGCUAACUCUGCCUCACCCUCCUUCCCUUUCCAGAGUACUCUCCCCACAUAGAAACUCCACCUCUGGUGCCAGUGGAGGUUUUGGACACUCGCUCUCGCUCCUUGGCUCAGCCACUGCUGCCCUGUCAAUAUCCUCCAACCGCCCUCCUCCACCUGCUGUACCGCCACCCCCACCUCCUUCUGCUACACCCCACACUACUUCCACACCCAACCCUACCGUACCUACACCCUCCAACGCCCUUAUAUCUACAGCGACAACCUGCGCUCCCACGCCCUCUGCUCGGGUUUUGGGUCCUGUUUCAACAGCAUCAGCAGCGUGUGCUGCCCCAGUGCCACCUCGCAGCAGCCUGGCUGGCCUUAGCCGCCCCGCCCUGCAAAGAAUUGCCAUGGCACAGUCACGAGCGCUCAUUGCAUCAGGAGUGCCCACUGUUCCAGUGAAGAAUUUAAAUGGGUCCAGUCCUGUUCACCCAGCUUUGGCAGGUAUCACUGGUAUUCUAAUGAGUGCCGCUGGACUCCCAGUCUGCUUGACCCGCCCACCCAAACUUGUGCUCCACCCUCCUCCCGUCAGCAAGAGUGACAUCAAACCUGUGCCAGGUCUUGGCCACUGCUGCCGCAAGACCACAAAGAAGCAGGCCCGCAAAGGUAGAACUUCAGAGGAAGUUGUUAGAAGAUAUCUCCAGAAGGUCCGCAACCCACCAGAGGAGGAUUGUACCAUAUGUAUGGAAUCUCUUUGUGGUCCUUCUGGCUAUAAAGGCCCAGGUGUCGGUGGCAUUUCUCGGGCAGAGUCAGUUGGACGCCUCUCUCAGUGUGGACAUCAGUACCACCUGCAGUGCCUGGUGGCAAUGUAUAACAAUGGCAACAAAGAUGGAAGCCUGCAGUGCCCCACCUGCAAGACCAUCUAUGGUGUUAAAACAGGAAACCAGCCACCUGGCAAGAUGGAAUACCAUGUCAUUCCUCAUUCACUUCCUGGGCACCCGGACUGCAAAACCAUUCGGAUUAUCUAUAACAUACCCCCUGGCAUUCAGGGUCCUGAGCAUCCCAAUCCUGGUAAGCCCUUCACAGCACGUGGAUUUCCAAGGCACUGCUACCUCCCUGACAGUGAGAAAGGCCGCCUUGUGUUGAAGCUGUUGCUGGUUGCAUGGGACCGCCGGCUGAUCUUCUCUGUUGGCACAUCCAGUACUACAGGUGAGACAGAUACAGUCAUAUGGAAUGAGGUGCACCAUAAGACCGAGUUCGGCUCCAACCUGACAGGCCAUGGUUACCCUGACUCCGGUCACCUCGACAACGUCCUAGAGGAGCUGAGGGCGCAAGGCAUCACUGAGGAAGAGUGUCUGAGAGACUAAAAUCUCAACCCAAAAAGACUGAAUGUUUUGUUAGUGUUGCCAAAUCUGAAUUCAAUUCCCAGCUCAUGUUUCUCAGAAUCCUGAGGGAUGUUUGAAAUGUACAAAGUUGAAGGACUCCGAAAGAUCAGUAAGUUCAUUGCUAAAAUUCUUUUAAAUGCUGAUAGGCCUCCUACUGCUUAAAAACAUUGUUUAAGCCUGUCAGAUGUGGGAUGGUCAAAUGCGAGAACUGUAAUUAAUAAACAAUCUUGCACUGUGUGUGCUAUUGUGGUGAAGCUGGUUUUUUUUAGUAUUUCAGGUACUCGUUAGCACCACAAAAGCUAUAUUUACAGUGCAAUUUUGUCAGUAGUUCAACCUGUGCAGACAUACAUGAGGACCGAACUGCCAGUGUCUGUUUAACCAUUUAUUGUAUUGUAGUUCUGUGAAGGAUACGCAAAACAAAAGUACUUCUGUGCAUGUAGUUGUAUCAUUUGGCACGGAGAACUUGCAUCCUCAGUCUAACUGAGGCCAACACUUGUCGCUAACUCGGAAAGCUCCAGUUGCAGUUUUAGUGAAUGUUUACUGCCUCUUAGUGGCACUUGUUAACAUGCUGUACAUUCCAGUAAUAACCAUGGAAUUUAUUUGACAACAUAGUUUUCAAAACGUUUGCAGUAUUAACAUUAACCACUUAUAUUUGUACUUAUUUUAUUGUAUGUUUGGUUGUUUUAUAUCAUUCAAAUAAGAAAACUGUAUUGUAAUUUUGGGGUAAAAGCAAAUGUUUGCCUAACGUGCCCCGUUCACACUGCCAGCGAAAGAGCGACAUGAUCUCAUUCAUUUCAAUGGUAGCAUUGCGACAACCAGUGACACGAGCGACCGUUGGUGACAGAAAGUGGGCUACAAAGUUGAGAUUUGCUCAACUUUAUGCAAAUGAUGAGCGACUUUCGGGAGCGACUACGAAUAGGAGCAACGCAACGGAGCUCACGUCAUCCGUCUCCCGUCUGUUACUGCAGGGUUUGUUUAUAACUGUUACCAGAGCAACCAAAGCUAGAAACGCCUUCUCACAACUUUUUUGUCAGAGAUGAAAGAAUUAUGAACGGGGCAUGUGCAGAACUGAGCCAAUCUCAUUAUAGGCAUCAGUGCUACAUUCAUGUUGUGAAAUCAUCAUCUUAGGACAGAACAAGCCAAUAAGGUUUAGAAUCUCCAAAGUUGAAGGUAAGAGGUGUUUUGUAAUGGUUAUGAAGAGAGAUUUUGAUCAAAUUCUGCCUCUCUGGUCUUUAGUAGGUCUAUAAUGGACCCGUUUACAAAGCUGUUGACGAAAAGUCUGCAUGUAUGUACAUGCAAAUGUGUAAGCUUACAUUUAUAGUUGAUGUGCUGUAUGUAUGUUUUAUGUACACAAUUCAUUUUUCCCUUACAUCCAAAAGCAUGUUGUGGAAGUAAAUGGGUUUUUUCUUGUAUCAUUUUUAUAAUAUACUUUUACUUCAUUUUUUCUUAUAAGCUUAUUAUAGCUUAUAUUAUAUUAUAUAAGCUUAUUAGGUUUUUUUCCACUGAAGUUUUACUUUCAUUUAUUGCACUUGAUUGUAUGAUUUGAUUUGCUGUCCAAGUUCCUCAUGAUAGUUGCUGUGGAAACUACAGUGAAAAUGGCAUCUCUGCCAGGAUGAAAACUGUGAAGACAGAGAAUGGAGCUAAGAAAACUAAUGUUGCUGUGUAAUAUAAAAUGUACCAAAAGAACUCUUGCAUAUUAAAUAGCUGCUGGAUCUCUGAAUAAAUAUUAAAGGUACUCAAAAAAAAUGUUGGUCUAACUGCUGAUCUUUGUCACAUUCGCUAGCACACCUAAAAUGUAGAGCUUUUUUGAAUACCUUUUCUGUCAGUGAGUCACCAAACAAUUUACACAGCAGGGGGUGAUGUUUAGCUGAAAUAAACAUUAAAAUAAAUGUAUAAUUUUAGGGCAGCAAGAAGCUUUUGGGUAUGGGCGGGUCAGAAAAAAAUAAAGGU